UCGAACCCGACCCCCGCUGCAGCAAACGGUGACGCUCAGACGUGAGACGCCCAUUCGGCCUUCGCUCGUCUCCGACUCCAAGCUCCGGCGGCGGCACUGUAGCGGUCCCAGCGUCCCUCACCGGCGCACCCAGCAAUAACAAAAAUUCAGCAGAUAAAAAUGGGGAAGAAGGAGUAGUUGAGCAGGGGAUUGGACCGAUUGGUAGGAGCCUAGAUUGAUCAUUGCUAAAAUUGGAGAACAAAUUAAAAAUGUCGGGUAAUUUCGGGUUAUUCGGGUACCCGAUAUUUAGAUAGGGUUCGGGGUCGGUAGCAUUUUUUCGUGUAAAAUCGGGUUUGGGCACCCGAACCCGACCCGAUUCCCACCUCAUUCUGGUUCCACUGCCACAUGUACAAACCCACGCCACUGCUUGAACCAGCUAAAGUAGAAAUUUUCGUUUCAAGCACCCUUUCGAUCAGCAAAUCAACUAGUACAUUUCUUUCAAUCAUUCAAGCGCUCAUCUUCCAAUUCUUUAAAGGUUGAGGAGUUUGGCAUGAGAGAAAUUUAAUUAGAUAGAUUUUUUAUUACUUACAUAAGUUUUUUUGUGUUUCCUAAUUUACAAAUAAAUUCAUUGUAUUCAAAUUUGGCCGAGUAAUUAGGUAUUUGGAACGAUAUCCUAAAUCAUCUGAAGUUUUAUUUAUUUUUUAUUGUAAAAGAAUUUAUUGCUGUAUUGCAUUGCAUAUAUUAAUCAUUCUUCUUGUUAAUUUUUUUUGUUACAAAAAAUUCAACUAAAAAAGACAUUCUAUUGAUGCCCCAAUGGCUGCCAGCUGCAUUGUACAUUUUCCACUGAUUACUACUCCAAGAAGUCAGUUCUCAGCUUCAAGAGGUCAAUUCCGUUGCUCAUCAGCAGCUAAUUCGAAUGCCAUGGAUUCUGGCAAAGUGAAAUUCAUGGAAUUCCCUUAUGCAUCUGCUCCCACCAAAAAGCUGAUGGUGGAGCUGUUUUCAUCUGUGGAAGAGCAGCUUGGAUCCUCACUGCACCCAAGUUGUACUUUAGCCCCUGACGUACAAUAUUUUGGGAAUCCCACCGACACUGCCCAUGCUUCACUGCACAUCAGAUCCGGCCUCCCUUCUUCUCAGAUUGAUUUCGUGUUGGGAAGUUGGAUACAUUGCCAGUUGCCAUCCGGUGGGGCUCUCAACAUAACGAGCCUCUCAGCCUACUUGACACCCUCGACUGAUGCACCACACUUUCUGCUGGAACUUAUCCAGAGCAGCCCAACAUCCCUCGUGCUCAUCCUAGAUUUGACUCCACGAAAAGAUCUCAUCCUUUAUCCGGAUUACCUUAACAGGUACUACGAAGAUACUCAGCUGGACCGACAUAGGCAGCGCCUUCAAAUGCUACCAGAGGUGAGACCUUACAUAUCUCCAUCUUUGUAUAUACGAGCUGUUGUUUCUCCAACGGCAAUUGUAGUCACAAUAGACACUGGAGCUACUGAAUCCAAAACUAUAGAGCAGAUAAUUGAGGAUGACGUUAGCCCAAUUGCCAAGGACUUGCUGCGUUUUUGGAUCGAGUCGUGUGCUUGUUGUGGGAGGGAUGUGGAUGCAUCUGAGAGGGCUUAUCUAGCUCAAAGGGAUCGAAUAAUUAAGAAGACAACUAUUGAUGUCGAUCUGAGCUCAAGUUUCCCAAGGUUGUUUGGGCAAGAAAUAGCUGAUAGAGCGGUGAAUGCUCUCAAAGAAUAUUACUUUAAGUGAUCUUCUUUUCUGGAUUGUCAAUCUAUGGAGAUGAAAUAUUCUUUGUAGGAAAUGAAACAGUUAACAAUAUUGAGUAAAGACAAAAAAACCUGACAAUAUUGAAGUGAAACAGUUAAACACCUAAAAGAAAAAAGAAAGAAAAAAAUAUUGAUAAUGAUUUCUCAUUUUCUGAUGUGGGUGACUCAACCCUGACAAGAUUGUGAAUGGGGUUACCUUUGAAUGUGUUCGUGUAUAUAAAUGUUCUAAAAUUACAAUCUUGUAUUGUUUUCUUCAUUUAUUUAUCUAUUUUGUUGCUGUGGA